ACGUUUUUUCCUUCGAGAUGGCAGAAUUUGCAUAGRCGAAAAAACAGCUGAGUUGAUCGCUAACAUUUUACAGCGUAAAUGUCGCUAUGCAACAGAAGCAGCUAUUUUAGAGAGAUAAAUAUUUGAUAGGGCUAUGUUUGGCCUGAUUGGCGGUAAACAAGGUGGCUUUAGAAAACACUAAUGAUUUGGUCUGCGUAAGAAUUGUCUUAUUUACUCUGUAGGUUUUCUUGCCAACGAGUGAAAAACUUUUUUUGAUUUUGAAAGAAAAAUUUGAAAGUUCCAGCUAAAGGAGUUAUCCCAGAAGCUUGUGAAAAUCACUUGAGAGAUUGAUACUUGGAGAUUUAUGCGUCUUUUAAUAUUUCGUGCAAAGCUACGGUGAAAUGUUAAACACGAAAGGUCAUAGCAUGGCUGSCUCUUCACUUGGAAAGUGAUGUGACAGUUUCAUUCUUGAACGACUUCAAAAAACAUCUUGUGCAUUGAGCUGAACGAGGUAAACAAAGCCGAUUGGUUAACGCAUCCAUUAUUGCCUAAGUACUGAAAAUAACAGACGAAACAGAAAAGAGGACUAUUAAACAAGCUGUCMAUGAUAUAAAGGAAGUCAAAGUUAUCAAGACUAGUACUGUACGGAUUUCGCUGAACAUUGGUGAAAUUGUUUAGAAAUCUUUAAUAGUCCAGAACGCUACAAAAUGAACUUUAGUAGAGUUUUAUUACUUGUUAUUGUGGGUUCGUGGUCACUUGUUCGAAAAGUUUCAGCGACUAACCGAUGCGACGUUUACCGUUAUGUUCGUUAUUGGUCAAGAUGUGAGGAAUGCUCAAUAAACGAACGCUUAAGAUGUCUCCCUCCAUACGUCCAUACUUCCAGCGGCAUUGGUGUUCGAGGUUGUUCACUUCGCAUUUAUUUUGGAAGCAUUAUAGGUACAGUUACAGUCGCUGGUUGCAAACACACUUGUGAUAAGAAGGAACUUGUCAAAGAAUGCUGUAGUGGCCACUGGGGCAGCGAUUGCCAAGCCUGUCCUGGUGAUCCUGUUUGCAGUUCAGCUGGAAAAUGCUUUGACAAAGUAAAAGGCAAUGGAACUUGUGCAUGCAAGGAUGGGUUUCGUGGAACAGCUUGUGAGCUUUGCACAAAUACAACGAUGUUUGGUCUCAACUGUAAUCAAACUUGUGGUUGUCAAAGAGGUGUUUGUCAGAACACAGUGAAUAGUAGUGGAGAAUGCAAGCCAUACUCAUGUCAAAUAGGCUAUACUGGAGCCAACUGCGACAUACGUCUUCCAGCAUGUGAUCAAAGCAGCAUCCGCUGUGGAGCAAAGGCUGACUGCUUUAAGAUCAAUGGCACUGAUACUUGUGUUUGUGAACCUGGUUACUCCGGGAAUGGAAGCAUUUGUCUAGCAAUCAACCCUUGUGAUGGCAACAGUCAUGGUUGUCAUAGAAAUGCAAACUGCAUAUAUACAGGACCUGGUAAACAUAGGUGUGAAUGUGGUCAGGGAUACAGAGGUGAUGGCAUAGUUUGUGUAGUCAUAGACCCAUGUCAAACUAACAACGGUGGGUGUGGUCCCGAUAACACAACUGCUUGUAAUUUCCUGGCUCCAGGCCAAAGCAACUGCACGUGUUUGCCUGGGUUUGUGAACAAGACCAAUGCUGUUGGCUGUACCAUGCUAGAUCUUUGUGAUGAUGGCAACAGAGGUGGUUGUGACGUCAAUGCAGAUUGUUUUAUGUCAAGACCUGGAGAGAAGAGAUGUUCCUGUAAGCAAGGUUUCAGAGGAAAUGGUACCGUUUGCUAUGGCAACAUAGCUAAGAGAGCCGUGCAGCUUAACACCAAUGGUCCCCCAGGCGUACAGAGACUUCUCAAUUAUGCCAUUUCGAUGUUUACUCAUUCUCUGGCCCGUCCACUUGCUGAUACAGGACCUUUUACAGUCUUUAUGGCAAUUGACACCGCGAUUGGUUCUUUAUCUUCAUCUCAGAGGCAAAUGCUGCUUUCAAACAACACUGACUUUAUUUCACACGUGGUUCGUCUCCAUGUAGUAGCAGCAGAUUUGUCUAUUUUUGCUCUGAACAAAACCAAAAACAUCACUACUUUACAAGGCACUAAUGCCAUGUUUAGCAUUGAAAAUGGUAACAAGUAUUACAGCCUGGCAGGCUCAGCUACAAAGGCCAGGAUCAUUGCAUCAGAUUUCCUUGCUGGUAAUGGUAUCAUACACAUUGUGGAUAAAGUUCUGUGGUACCCUGGAAAUUAUACGCUAACACAUACGCAAACAUUGUUAGAAAUUAUUCAACGUCAAAAAAAAUAUGAGCAGUUUUCAAGGCUGCUUGAGCUGUCUGGAGUAACGAGCUAUCUUACUGGUGUUCGUGGUGUAACUCUCCUGAUUCCAGACAACAGCCCUUUUCUACAGCUGGACAAUAUAACUCUAUCCUACCUGACAACCACAGAAGAGGGAAAGAUUAAACUUCGGUCUCUUCUUAAGAAUCACGUCAUACAAAGCCAGUUUGGCUUGCAGGUUACUGACCUGAUGUCCCUGCUUCGCGUCACAUCUAUCGAGGGAGAGUCAAUCACUGUCCAGCGAACCCCACAGGGAGCUAUUGUAUUUGGUGGGAAGUCCCAGAUACUCGAGUCUAACAUCUUAGCAAGAGACGGAAUAAUCCACAGAGUCAGUGGUUUGUUGGUACCAGACGAUAUUCAGCCUUUGCUACCAAAUUAUGAAUAUACGUACCAGAACACAUCAGCAAAGUCUGUGUGUUACCGAUGCGACACCAUUCCUGGUUUCCCUAACAAAGGAUGUCCUGGCGGCUAUAUUCCUACAACAAAGUUUGUGAGCUGUGUUUUUAGUCUCUCAACACCCAGAGGGCGAUACUCAUUCAAGGGAUGCAAGGUGUCUGAUUGUAUCAAAACCACCAAGAUGAAAGAUUGUAGCCGUGGUUUCUAUGGCAGCACGUGUCGGCCGUGCCCAGGACCAAUAGGAAAGCCAUGUAAUCUGCAUGGAAGGUGUGAAGAUAAGAUGGCAGGAAAUGGAAUGUGUACCUGUCAGUCGUCAUUCAUCGGUACAGCCUGUGAACAAUGUGCCAAUAUUAAGAUGUUCGGACCGUCGUGUAACGAUACAUGCACCUGUGUACAUGGAUUGUGUGACAGUGGUAUCGCCGGUAACGGCACCUGUAAACCAAACUCUUGUAAACUUGGUUACCAUGGAAAUAACUGCGACAUAACAGAUAAACCAUGCUCCGGUUUGUCGUCUCGUCGGUGUCAUAUUCAUGCGCACUGUGUCAACGAGAAUGGAGCAGAUAUAUGCAAAUGUAAUCCUGGAUACGAGGGGUCGGGGGAGUUCUGCUCUGUAAUUGAUCCUUGUACCAAACCAAACAGAGGUGGAUGCCACAAAGACGCGUCAUGCAUCAUGACAGGACCAGGCACCAAUAACUGUACAUGUGAUCGUGGUUYCCGUGGUGACGGUGUAGUCUGCGUAGUGGUAGACCCGUGUAAAGAGGGAGCUCAACUUAGUUGUCAUCUUCAUGCUGGCUGCAGGUUCACUGGACCCGGACAGAGCUCAUGUGUGUGUAAGUCAGGGUACACUGGCAGUGGACGAGACUGUACUGAGAUCAACAACUGUCUUGUGAGCAAUGGAGGAUGUUCUCCCAAGGCCAAGUGCAGCCGUGUGGGGCCUGGGCAGCACAACUGUACUUGUUUCUAUGGUUACAUAGGCAAUGGCUACGCUUGCCUUGGUUCUGUUGCUAAGGUCAUAGAAGACGAUAGUCGACUGACAUCCCUGUACAAGUUCAUCAAGAAAGCCCAUUUAGAGUACUUCCUAUCUAUGGAGGAGAUGAACUUCACCGUGUUCGCGCCAUCAAAUGAAGCACUUAAUAGUCUUGAUCCGGGUGAUAGUGUAUACUGGAGCCAGUCUACUGACAGAUUGGUUUACUUGAUACGGCACCAUCUGGCGAACAUCUCCUACUCUUCAAGGACGUUAAUAAACCUGACAUCCUUACUAGUCAUGAAUGGACUGAGCCUGAACAUCACUCAGAAAAACAAUGUGGUUAUAUUAAACGAUGGAGCCCGUAUUACACAAGCAGACAUCGGAGCAGCUAAUGGAAUGGUCCAUAUCAUUGACAAGGUUCUCGUGCCACAACGCCUGCCCUCAGAACCAGUACUUUCAAAUGUUUCACAAGUUCUUGCUAAUCUGAAGGAAUUCUCCGACUUGAACCAAUUUUUGAAGAACACUCCUCUUGCAUCUGAACUCGAGAACUGUGUUGGUUGUACAAUCUUUGCCCCUGUCAACUCUGCGCUCAAGAACUUUCGACUGGUUCAGCAUAAGAAUAUCACUUUGGACGUUUUGAAAUACCAUGUAAUAUUGAAGUACCUAUCUCCUGGUCACUACUACAAUGGACAGCAAUUCUCAACCAAACUGGGACAGAACUAUCUGGUUAAAUUAACGAAACCCUCGGCGGGUGAGUUUGCUAUCAAUGGCAUCCCUUUUGACAGCGGCAUUAGAACAAAGUUCUCUAUCAUCUACAAACUUCCCCAAGUCCUGGAGCCGACAAAGAGUCGUUGUGACAUCUACAGUACUAUAUAUGGUCAGACUCAAUGCAGAUGGUGCCCUUUCCAGCUUGCUUGUCCUUCUCCAUGGACCAAAGUGAAAACAGCUUCUUGUUACUUUUGGGGAUUCCUUAGAGGAUGCAUGUCAAUUUGUAAAAAAGUUCGUAARGUACCGAAGUGUUGUAGUGGAUUUUGGGGACCUGAUUGCCAAGCUUGUCCAGGAAACGUCAAGGCGGCGUGUUUUGGUAAUGGCAAAUGCUCUGAAGGUAUCGCUGGUAACGGACACUGUACUUGCAAUGCUAGUUUCACUGGAAUAGCUUGCGAGAAAUGUCUGCCGUACAGAUAUGGCAAGACCUGCUCUUCRACCUGUGCUUGUGUUCAUGGUCGCUGUAAUGAGGGUAUAGGUGGAGAUGGGUCGUGUAAAUGUGAACACGGCUGGAAAGGUCCUCGCUGUAACACAUCUGCCAAUUACAAGAACUGCCUGCCAGUGCAAUGCAAUACCCAUGCAACCUGCCGCGAAUCAAAUGGGAGACACGUUUGUGAAUGUGAUUUUAGAUACAUUGGUAAUGGUACCUACUGCAGAGAGGUACAUGCUUGUGACAUAUAUAGUGGUGGUUGCCAUAGCAAAGCCACGUGUAGCCCACAUCCCGAUGACCCUUCGAGGGCUCUCUGCACGUGUAAAGAAGGAUACACAGGCGAUGGAAGGUUCUGUUCAGGGAUCGACUUGUGUCAAACCAACAACGGUGGUUGCCAUGUCAACGCCACGUGCUCCAGUACAGGACCAGGAAAGAGAUCAUGCCAUUGCUUGAAGGGUUUCCUUGGCGAUGGAAUAACUUGCAAGUCGGAUAACCCAUGUCUGGAGAAUCACGGAGAAUGCAGUUUACGAGCUAGGUGUACCCAAACCGGGCCUGGUCAGCGGAACUGCACAUGUGGCCCUAACUUUGUCGGGAAUGGAGUGACAUGCAUUGGAAGUAGUAUGGAGAUUUUAGAUAUUGAUCCUGAGCUGUCGAAACUGAAAGAUUUAUACGAGACUUACAAACUGGAUAAACUUCUACAAUCCAAUACUCCUACGAGUAUCUUGGCUCCCACCAACAAAGCCAUAAAACAGAUUCAACAGGGAAGGAGAAAGGUUAGUUUACAUUCUAUUUGUGUGUGUUUAUUUCAAGACGAAAAAAGUGCAAAUACUGUAAAAAUCCUAUUCUUGUUGAAACAGCUUCACAGGUCAAGUUGGUAAACUCCUUUAUCAUCU